AUGACCAUCGACGACGCCUCCUCGCAGGCAAACAACCCCUACGCUCCCGAUGAGGGCCGGACGAGCUACACGCCAGGCCACAUCCCACUCCCCAAACACCCGCAUCUCGUCGUGAAGACAGAGCUGCUCGCCCGCCCAGACCCCUUCACGCUGUACUUCGGGUUCUUCGGGUCGCGGAGCUGGCAGGCGAACGCCGCACGCGGCCUGUCCGAGCGCGUCGACAAUACGCAGUUCCUGCUCAACCGGCUCCCAACGCAGGACGAGCUGGACGCCUUCACCGUCUACAGUAGCCGGUACAUCUACCACCAGCGCAUGGGCGCGCCGAUCGCGGGGUCGCUGUUCCUCGCGCGCGCGUACAUGCAGGCGCGCAGCUCGGCGGCGCUGGCGCCCUUCAUGCCAGGGCCGGGGCUGGCGGACGGCGCCAACGCCAACGCCAAGCUGACGCCGACGCCGAAGCAGGUCGUUGAUGCGCUGCGGGUGUAUGCGCGCGUGGACGCCGCGGGAUUCCGGCAGGCGCUGGUGUUUGGUGGGAUCAAGUGGGUUUUCUGGACGCUGGCUGGGACGGUCGCGUCGUCGAUGUGGGCCCUGUUUCACGAUACGCGCGAGUCGAUGGCGGAUCCGCGGUUGCGGCAGUUCAUGGCGGAGUUGAGCCAGCACCCUCCCAAGGAGAUGCGGAAGCGGAAGCUUGAAGCGGCGAUGGAGAUGCAGCGGCAGCGGCAUAGCGAGAGGCAACAGAGGGAUCUGGGUGUGGCGCGGGAGUCUGCGUCUGCGUCGGAAAGGGAACCCGAACCGGCGCAGAUGGAGACGGGCCAUGGUCACGGCCAUGAUCAGGGAUACGGGGAAGGCAGUGAGGGCACUGGUGCCGGUGCUGGUGUUGGUGUUGGUGUUGGCGUUGGUGGCGGCAGCGGCAGCGGCUACGGCUACGGCUAUAGUUCACAGGACGCAAACUCGUCCGCGAGACAGUCGGCUCCGUCUCCGCAGCAGUACGGCGAUGCGAGCAGGGGCUCCAGCUCCGGCUCUGAUUUUUUCGACGGCGAUGACGCGAGCCCCGUGGCGGCCGACUAUCGCUCGGAAGGGUUAUCUGGACUGCAGGGCAGCGCCUGGGAUCGGAUCAGACAGCAGUCCGGCGCUGUCUCGCAGGGAAGGAGUAAUCCUAUUCUAGUCUCAUCGUCACCGUCGCCGUCGCCACAACCGCAGUCGCAGUCGCAGUGGGGUUCCUGGAAGAACCAGGACCACAACUCUGCCGCGGCAGACAGCGAGCGACAGCAACGGGAGCAGGCGCAGGCUGAGUUCGACCGCAUGCUAGAGGCGGAGCGGACUCUGGGCAACGAGGCGCCCGACGGUUCUGGCCAGAAGAAGGGGUGGGGGAGAUGGAAUUGA